UAACUUCCGGGUCUCUAGCCUGUGGCGGGAGAUACGGGUAGUAUUUUCAUGGCGCAACUUUGAACAAGCAUUUUCUGACUACUGCCUUUGUCUACUGAAGUAGUUGUGUAAAGCAGCAACUUUUCCAUAAAAAAAGUCAAUGGACGAAGAAGAACAUCUUCAGAGACUGAAGGCAGCGGUUCACUUCACCGUGGGACGGCUUUGUGAUAGUUUAGGAGAAGAUCAUGAGAAGACAUUUAGCCGUCAGGUCAUUGCAGCCUUAGCUGAAACAACAUUCAGGCAAUGUGACAUAUUUGCAAAAGACUUGGAGGCCUUUGCAAGACAUGCCAAGAGAAAUACAGUAUCUGUGGAGGAUGUCAAGCUUGCAGCCCGUAGGAGUACGUCGCUGUCCAACUUCAUCCACAGGAAGAGCGAAGAGCUUGCCAACAGUAAUCAGGAACAGAGGGACAAACGAGAAGCGUGCCGUGGGAAAAAGGAUGAUGGGGCGGAGGUCCAAGAAUAGAGGCACAAUCCCAAACUUAAUUUGUAACCAUCCACGGUGAAGACAAAUCUUACGGUUUCAGUUGGGGAAAUGUACAGUAGUCGAUCAAUGCUUGUAUUGUGCAGUGCACCAUAUGAAAUAUUUGUAUAUCAAUGGGCUUCAACUGGCAUUGUUGUAAAACAUUUAUUUCUGUUCAAGGCAACCAUCCAUACUGGGGUACAGCACAAUGUAGAAUCAAGGCACCAUUUCAGCACCUUACCCUGACUAGCUGAAACAGAACUCACUUCAUUAACAAUGUUGUAUCGGGUUACCUGGUGAUUUGGAAAGACAGGAUACACACAUGCAGCAUUUGUCAGUGAUCACAGUAUGAAGCGGCGCCUGUUUACGGUAGACGAUUCUUGAGUGUUUUGGUUUUGUCCUAGAAUAAAACGUGCAAUGUCUAAAUUGCAGGUUCAAAAUG